CUUAUAUAUAUUUGUUGUCUCUCAGGAAGCGUUCUCAUGGCUUACGCCUCAGUUUGCUUCCCAAUGAACGUUCCGGUGAUGACCACGUGUCCCUCGCCGUCGUGGAGCCUCGCCUCUCGGCGGCGCCGCUUCCUCCCCGCCGUAAGAUGCGUCUCCUCUGUUCCUAAGGUGGCGGAUGAAGCGGACCUGUUCGACCUGAAGCAGUACAUGGCCGAGAAAGCCCGGCGCGUGGACGCCGCCCUCGACCGCGCCCUUCCCCUUCGCCCGCCGGAGCGCCUCUUCGCCGCCAUGCGAUAUUCUCUCCUUUCCCCCGGCAAGCGGGUCCGCCCCGUCCUCACGCUCGCGGCCUGCGAGCUCGUCGGCGGCGACGAGUCCGCCGCCAUGCCGGUCGCUUGCGCCGCCGAGAUGAUCCACGUCAUGUCUCUCAUCCACGACGACCUCCCCUGCAUCGACAACGACGACUUCCGGCGGGGGCGGCCGGCUAACCACGUGGCCUUCGGGGAGGGCUUCGCGGUGCUGGCGGGCGACGCGCUGCACUGCUUCGCCUACGAGCACGCGGCGGCGGCCGCUAGGGCGCCUCCGGAGCGGGUCCUGCGGGCGGUGGCGGAGCUGGGGAGGGCAACGGGGGCGGAGGGCCUGCUGGCGGGGCAGAUCAUGGACAUCGAGUGCGAAGGGAAGGAGGUGGGGCUGGAGGUGCUGGAGGGCAUCCACCUGCACAAGACGGCGAAGCUGAUGGAGGCGGCGGCCGCGUGCGGCGUGAUCAUGGGCGGCGGCCGGGAGGAGGAGGUGGAGAGGCUGAGGAGGUACGGGCGCGUGGUGGGUUUGCUGUUCCAGGUGGUCGACGACAUUCUGGAUGUAACGAGGACGACGGAGGAGCUCGGGAAGACGGCGGGAAAGGACUCCGCGUGCGGGAAGACGACGUACCCGAAGCUGUUGGGUUUGGAGGCGGCCGGGCGGCUGGCGGAGGAGCUGGUCGGGAAGGCGGAGGAGGAGCUGCAGGGGUUUGACCGGAACAGAGCACGGCCGCUGCGCCACCUCGCACGCUACAUCGCCAGCCGCAACAACUGAAUCCAACUGAUCAAUCUAUCGAAGCUUUCGAUUGAUGAUAAUAAAAUCCGAAAUCUGUUAUAUUCGUCUUAAUUUGUAUGCUUUAUCAACUGCGUUCGAAUGAAAUCUAUAGAAAAACGUGGGAUCUAAUUAACACAA